UUUUUUUAGAGCCGCCGGCGACCGUAAGUGCCAAAUUCUCCUUUUUUCACCCCAAAACGAUGAGUAUUUGCCCCGCCCUCCCCCCCCCAUAUUCCCCCCCACUUUCAGCCCCUCCCCCACACCCACCUCCCCCCCACCCCCCACCAAUGGGCCCCAAGCGGGGGAGGGGCGGCAUCGGCCCCUCCCCCCACCCCCAUUUUGGGGCCGUUCCCACCCAAAUUUUCACUUUUCCGCCCCAAAAAAAGCCCCAAAACGGGCAAAACCCCCCGCCCCUCCCCCCGCCCCGCCCCCCCCCCAACGUAGGAUUUUAAGGGGUUUUUGAUUAUUUUUAUUAUUGUUGCUUUUUUUUUUUAAUUUUUUAUUUUUAUGGGUUUUUUUCUCUUUUUCUUUUUUUAUUUUUUUAAUUUUUUAUUUUUUUAUUGUUUUUUUUUUUAAAUUUUUCACCGUUUCCGGCCAUUUUUCGGGCCCCUCCCCCUUCCCCCCCCAAGCCCCGCCCCCUUUGGCCCCUCCCCCUCCCGCCGCCGGCGAAUCACGGACGACUUGGCCCCUCCCCCCCCCCACGGAGUCCCCGAGUGGUCCCCGCCAUGGCCAGCAACGUCACCAACAAGACCGACCCGCGCUCCAUGAACUCGCGCGUCUUCAUCGGCAACCUCAACACGCUGGUGGUGAAGAAGAGCGACGUGGAGGCCAUCUUCUCCAAGUACGGCAAGAUCGUGGGCUGCUCGGUGCACAAGGGCUUCGCCUUCGUGCAGUACGUCAACGAGCGCAACGCGCGCGCCGCCGUGGCCGGCGAGGACGGACGCAUGAUCGCCGGACAGGUCCUCGACAUCAACCUGGCGGCGGAGCCCAAGGUAAACCGAGGCAAGGGCGGGGUGAAGCGCUCGGCGGCCGAGAUGUACGGGUCAGUACCCGCCCCACCUUCUCCCUCCCCCCUCGUCAGGUCGUCCUUCGAUCUCGACUACGAUUUCCAGCGCGAUUACUAUGACAGGAUGUACAGCUACCCGGCGCGCGUCCCCCCGCCGCCCCCCAUCGCCCCCCGCGCCGUCGUCCCCUCCAAGCGCCAGCGCGUGUCCGGGGGCGGCGGGAACACCUCCCGGCGCGGGAAGAGCUUCAACUCCAAGAGCGGCCAGCGCGGAUCCUCCUCCAAGUCCGGGAAACUGAAGGGCGACGACCUGCAGAGCAUCAAGAAGGAGCUGAGCCAGAUCAAGCAGAAGGUGGACGCGCUGCUGGAGAGCCUGGAGCGCAUCGACCGCGAGCAGAAGCAGAAGAGCGAGAAGGCCGAGGAGGAGCCCAAGAAGGACGAUGGCGGCGCGGGGGGGAAGGGCGAGCCCGCCGGCGCCGCCGACGAGUCGGGGGAGGAGGGAGACCUGCUGGAUGACGAGGAGGCCGAGGAGCGGGGCGACGAGCAGCUCGAGUCCAUCAAGGGGGACGAGAAGGAGGCGGAGGAGGGCGAGGACGACCGGGACAGCGCCAACGGCGAGGACGACUCCUAAGGCCCCAAACCCGCCCCCGUUCGCCCCAAAACGCCCCGUUUCCCGCCCCCCCGUGCUCGUGCUGUCGUGGCUCCGCCCCCCACCCCCCCGGCCCCGCCCCCCCCCCGCGCCCCCCCCCCCUUUUAAUUUUGAUACCUCGUUAUGAGUUGAUGAUUAAAGGACGGAUGGUUUGUA